AUGGCGACGGAGGAAAGCAGGACCGCAAGAAAGCAGAAAGCGAGGAGCAGGGGACAGUCACAGUCCAGAAAACUGCUAAGUCCUGCAGCGCGGGAAGAUCCCGAAAGCCAGCGCGGAGAUGGACGCGGCGAAGGCCGGCGCAACGAAGUCGACUGCGGCGAUGUGGAGCACGCGAGCGGCAGAGCGGAGGGGCGGCUCUGGAAGGAAGGCGAAAACGACACAGAGCAAGACACCGAGGAGACUGCGAGACCGCCAGCAACCAUCCUGCACGUCCCUGCGUCGCCGGAGAGGGCAACGACUCGAGAGCGUGCGAGUCCGCACACAGGGGCCCGCGGGUGUUCCCCCCCGACUGGAAGGUCGGCGGGCAAAGAGGCGAUGAGGAGACUCCACAACCAAAUCGUCCAGGAGGCAAAAUGCCGAGACCUUAGCAAAUUGAAACAGCUCCAGAGUGCACUCCGAAUCCGACGAUGGUGCGUGCAGGAAACUAGGUCUCGCGAGAGCCGGAAGCGAAAGGCAGGGAGGGGGGGCAGACGAAUGGAAUUUGCAGCGUCCGCGACUUCAGGCGCUGCGAUUGGGAGUCAAAACGGCGCGCAGAGGUGCUCCAGAGGAUCGCAGCGCCGAGGCAGACACAGAGGCCGGCGACGGAGAAGAAGGGCGUUCGGGCGGCGAGAACAGAAGACAGAGGAGACUGUGAAGCGAGAGGCAGGCGACCAGCUGACUCAGCUCGACAGUCGAGACCGGAGGGAAGGACAAAAUACACGAAAAGAGGGAAUCUGCGGACGCAGAUGGGCGAUUGCAAACGCAGAAGUAGCGGAAGCUGCUCGAAGCUGCUGCGAACUGUGGCCCCAGGUGUCCGGAAACAAGCAGGCUGCGCGUCAAAUCACCUGGAGCUGCAGUGUCGGCCUGCGUGUGUGCGCAGCGAAAGACUCUCAGUUUGAACUCUCGUUUCUUUCUGUGGUUUUUUGA